UGCGCCGACGUCGGCACUUGCUGCGAUUCGCCCUUUAUAACAGAGUCGGAACCUCGAUGAGCUUCCCCGAGCUUCAGUCCGUAUCUCGCCUUGCACUAUCCAGCAUCUGAACCAAAGUCAGCUUUUUAUAUCUCAUAUAACAACGCAACUCGCCACAAUGUGCAUCGUCCUCUUCACAACGGCACACCCAGGCUACUCGCUCAUUCUCAUUGACAACCGCGACGAGUUCAUCCUGCGGCCUACGUCACGGCCGCACUGGUGGACGCACCCCGAGUCUGGUGGCGAGGUCCUGUCUUCGCGGGAUCUCCAGAGGGCGGCAAAAGGCACUUGGCUGGGCAUCACGAAGACCGGCAGCCUGGCUGUACUGACAAACUACCGGGAAGCCGUUAAUGACGAUGCCGAGCACCCGAUAUCCGGCAUCAAGAGCCGGGGCCGCAUGGUCAAUAUGUGGCUAGGAGGACUUGGAGAGCAGGGGCUUCGGAGGGGCGUGGAUGAGCUCGUCAAGGACGGCGGUGUCAAAGGCGUGGGCGGCUUCUCCAUGGUAUGCGGCAAGCUGAAGCGCAAGAGCGAGGGCAUCGCCAUUGUGAGCAAUAGGGCGGCCGAGGCGAGCGACGUCCCGAUAGUCGGAUUGGAACCAGAUGGCGUCUGGGGACUCAGCAACACCGUGUACAACGACCCCAACGAGUGGCCCAAAGUAACGACGGGGAAACGCCUCCUCAAGCAAGUCGCGCAAGACGCCGCAGCAAAGCAGGCCUCUGAAGAGGAGCUUAUUGCAGGCCUGUUCUCCAUUCUCGACACGGAAUCCAUGCCGGAGCGGCCUUCUGGAUGGACCCUGCAAGAGUACAUGAAUUUGAUGAGGCAUACCAUCUUCGUGCCUCCCAUCGGCGACGACGUCAACCGUGAAGAGAUGCAAAAAGCCACGUCAAAGGGGCGUGUACUCUGGGCGAAAAUGCAGGGCGAUCAGAAGGCAGUCGAGGAGCUCAAGCAGGAGUCGAGGCCAGAGGUCUCGCCGAGCCCGCACCCGAGCAUUGGGUUCGAAGAGGGCAUGUAUGGAACGCAGAGGCAGACGGUGCUUCUGGUGGAUCACGACGGCAACGCAACCUUUGUCGAGCGCGCUCUGUGGGAUGCGAAUGGAAACGAGAUUCCCCGCGGCGAAGGAGACGUUGCUUUUCGCUUCAAGAUUGACGGCUGGGAUGAAUGAAUACCUAUUUGGUUCUUCUUGUCGUCAAGGAUAGACGGAUUCGACUUCUUCGGAGUAGGCACCUAGAAAUGGGUCCAGUUUGGGCGAUAUACCGGGAUGUGUAAUGUCGAGGCUCAAGAUGGAGGACGGCCAGGGACACGCGGCGAUACAGUCGAUAUCGAUAUCAUGGCCUCAGACGGAAAUGACUGGUCGGCCAGAGGGACAAUUUUAAUGAACUU